AUGGGGGUAGGGGUGUCUUUACUGCUGCAGUUUUCUCUGACAUCUGGGGGCUACCAGAGUGUGGGCCGAAGCAGGCGCUACAGCCGCAGAAGUAUCCCCAGGAACAUCCCCCGGAGGAGCUGGAAAAAGCCUCAUCUCCAGCUCUACGGUCUGCAGGCAGAGGAAGAACCCAUGCUGGAACGUCGCUGCAGGGGCCCCCUGGCCAUGGGCCCAGCCCAGCCCAGGCUCUCUGGGCCCUCCCAGAAGUUGCCCCCGACCCUGGAGAAGGAGCCCCGCGGGCUGAGGUUACAAGGCACUUCCGUGGCCCAGUCGGGCAGCCAAGCCCCGGGCAGGGCCCAUCGCUGUGCCCACUGUCGAAGGCACUUCCCCGGCUGGGUGGCCCUGUGGCUUCACGCCCGACACUGCCAGGCCCGCCUGCCCCUGCCCUGUCCUGAAUGCGGCCGGCGCUUCCGGCACGCCCCCUUCUUGGCGCUGCACUGCCAGGUCCAUGCCGCCGCCACCCCAGAUCUGGGCUUCGCCUGCCACCUCUGCAGGCAGAGCUUCCGAGGUUGGGUGGCCCUGGUUCUGCAUCUGCGAGCCCACUCGGCCGCAAAGCGGCCCAUCGCCUGUCCUGAAUGUGAGAGACGCUUCUGGCGACAAAAGCAGCUUCGAGCUCACGCGCGGAGGUGCCACCCCCCAGCCCCGGAGGCCCGGCCCUUCAUAUGUGGCAACUGUGGCCGCAGCUUUGCCCAGUGGGACCAGCUAGUUGCUCACAAGCGGGUUCACGUAGCCGAGGCCCUGGAGGAGGCAGCAGCCAAGGCUCUGGGGCCCCGGCCUAGGGGCCGCCCGGCCGUGACCGCCCCCCGGCCCGGUGGAGACGCGGUCGACCGCCCCUUCCAGUGUGCCUGCUGCGGCAAGCGCUUUCGGCACAAGCCCAACUUGAUCGCCCACCGCCGCGUGCACACGGGCGAGCGGCCCCACCAGUGCCCCGAAUGCGGGAAGCGCUUCACCAAUAAGCCCUACCUGACCUCACACCGGCGCAUCCACACUGGCGAGAAGCCCUACCCGUGCACGGAGUGCGGGCGCCGCUUCCGCCACAAACCCAACCUGCUGUCUCACAGCAAGAUCCACAAGCGGUCCGAAGGGUCCGCGCCGGGCGUCCCGGGCGCGGGGAGCCCCCAGCUUCCGGCCGGCCCGCAGGAGGCCUCGUCGGAGCCCCCAGCCGAGGCCCCGCUGAAACCCGCCCUUGAGCCUGCGCCCGAGGCCCCGGGAGCGCCCCCGCAGGCCCCGGCGGCCGCGCCCCCCUCGCUCUUCGGCUGCGAAGACUGUGGCCGCAGCUUCCGGCUGGAGCGCUUCCUGCGGGCCCACCAGCGGCAGCACACCGGGGAGCGGCCCUUCUCCUGCGCCGAGUGCGGGAAGAACUUCGGCAAGAAGACGCACCUGGUGGCGCACUCCCGGGUGCACUCGGGCGAGCGGCCCUUCGCCUGCGAGGAGUGCGGGCGCCGCUUCUCCCAGGGCAGCCACCUGGCCGCCCACCGGCGCGACCAUGCCCCCGAGCGGCCCUUCGUCUGCCCGGACUGCGGCAAGGCUUUCCGCCACAAGCCCUACCUGGCGGCCCACCGGCGCAUCCACACCGGCGAGAAGCCCUACGUCUGCCCAGACUGCGGCAAAGCCUUCAGCCAGAAGUCCAACCUGGUGUCCCAUCGGCGCAUCCACACGGGCGAGCGCCCCUACGCCUGCCCCGACUGCGACCGGAGCUUCAGCCAGAAGUCCAAUCUCAUCACCCACCGCAAGAGCCACAUCCGGGACGGCGCCUUCUGCUGCGCCAUCUGCGGCCAGACCUUUGACGACGAGGAGAAGCUCCUGGCCCAUCAGAAGAAGCAUGAUGUCUGA